CCCAACUUGGCCCUGCGAUCUGCGAUCUGCCAACAUGCGCCGAGCCAUCGUCGCCGUCAUCAUGCUGCAUGCAGCGCUCGUCGCUGCGCUCUUGCCGCGGCCAGAGCACGAUAUGAUCAGCGCCACGAAGGGCCUCAUUGCCCGGCGGCUCGGCCCAGCGUACGUCGACCAGUUUGUGCUCGAAGCGCUGCCGGUCGACCACAUUUCGGGGCUCGACAUUGCGCAUGUCGAUGCGACGCCAGGGCAAGUGCAUCUUCGCGCGUCCAGUGCAACGGCCAUGGGCUUUGGCCUGCACGCGUACCUCAAGGCCGCGGCGCAGACGCAGACGAAUUGGGAGGACGACCCGCUCGUGCUUCCGCCGACACUGCCAGCGCUGACAGUGCCACUGCGCCUCGGGCGGCAAGCCGCAUACACGUACUAUGAGAACGUGUGCACGUUCAGCUACUCGCAGUGGAGCUGGUCGUGGGCGCAGUGGGAGCGCCACAUCGACUGGAUGGCACUCAACGGAAUCAACGUCCCAUUGGCGUUCACAGGCCAAGAAAAGGUGUGGGCGACGACCUUUGGCGCGUUCAACGUGAGUGCGUCGGGGCUGGAUGGCUUCUUUGCUGGCGCGAGCUUCCUCGCGUGGGGCCGCAUGGGCAACGUCCAAGGCAGCUGGGUGCGCGGGCCGCUGCCGCGAUCGUUUAUUGAGCAGCAGUUUGAGCUUCAGACAAAGAUCCUCGCUCGCAUGCGCGCGUUCGGCAUGACACCGGCCCUGCCCGCCUUUGCCGGCCACGUCCCGGCCGAGAUGGUCUCGCUAUACCCGAACGCCAAGUUUGUGCAGUCGCCGCCUUGGAUUGGGUUCAAGCCGCCGUUCACGUCCGUGUACAUGCUCGACCCGACGGACCCGCUCUUUGUCGAGAUUGGCGCAGCGUUCUUGCGGCACCAAGCGUCCCUCCUCAACUACACUGCGAUUUUGUAUCAGACCGACACGUACAACGAGAUGGACCCGGCGUUUAGCGCGCGUACGUACCUCGCAGCGUCGUCGUCGGCCGUCCUGAAGAGCAUGCGCGCUGUGCACCCGUCGGCGGUGUGGCUCAUGCAAGGCUGGCUCUUUUCAUUUUCGCGGUUUUGGACCGCGACGCGCGUCCGCGACUACAUUGCGCACUUGCCCCAAGACGGUCUCAUCGUGCUCGAUUUGUACAGCGAGGUCAAGCCCGUGUGGCAGACAACGGACAACUACUUUGGCAAGUACUGGAUCUACUGCGUGCUGCACAACUUUGGCGGCAGCCUCGGCAUGCGUGGCGACCUCCCGACGAUCGCGUCCGACCUUGUUGCGGCGCGGACAGCGAGUGCCGGCACGCUACUGGGCCUCGGGCUCACGAUGGAAGGCAUCUAUCAAAACUACAUUGUGUACGACCUCGCGCUGCAAAUGCCGUGGCAGGCAUCGGCACUGGACGUUCCGACGUACGUCGACGCCUUCAUUCGUGCCCGGUACCACCACCCAACACAAAAUGCGCUCGACGCGUGGCAGCGGCUCGCAGCGACUGUCUACAAUGUUUCUAAAGGCUUUGGCGGCGUCACCAAGUGCAUUGUGAGUCUCCGCCCGCGCUGGGGGCUUCUCCAGAGCCGGUUCAUGCCCACGGCGCUCGCUCACAACGCCGAGGACGUGCUAUUUGCGUGGCGCCGCCUCCUGGCCGCCGCGCCGGCGCUGGCGUCGCACCUCAGCUUCACGCGGGACCUUGUCGACGUGACGAGGCAAGUGCUCAGCGACGGUUUGGCGGCCGACGUUGCGGCCUUGGAAACCCUGUUUCAUGCGCAGGUCGCGCCACUUGCCGAGCUCGAUGCUGUCAUGCGCCGCAUGCAGGACGCGAUGGAGAUGCUCGAGCGCAUCCUCAACACCAACCGCCACUUUAUGCUCGGUCCGUGGCUCGCCGACGCGCGGGCACUCGGCGGGGCGGACGACGCAGCGUAUUUCGAGUACGAAGCGAAGAACCAAGUGACGCGGUGGGGCGACGCCAACGGCAAUGCGCUCUCGGAUUACGCCAGUAAGGACUGGGGCGGUCUUGUGUCAUCGUACUACCUUCCGCGCUGGCGCAUCUGGUGGCGCCACGUCCGAUCGGCGUACGUGGCACGCUCCGCGGUCGACCAUGCCGCGGUGCAUGCGGCGCUCGAGGCGUUUGAGCUCGCGUGGCAGCUCGAGCGAUUGGAGUUGCCAGUUGAGCCGGUCGAGGAUUCGGUUUCCGUCGCGUUGGCCAUCGCCAAGACACUCCUGCCAGACGACGACGUCGGCGCAGCGGUUGUGAAAGAUGCGGCACCGAGCUUCGCUCGCGAUCAAGUGCUGGCACGCGCCUGCCUCCUCGACUGCCUCUGGUAGUAGUGUCGCUACGGAAGAAAUGAGUGGUUGCCAGCCUUG